UGCCGUAUUUUUUUUUUCACUCCCAACGAAAUCACUGAAAAUCGCGGUUAAACAAUGGCGAAGAGUGUCGGUUGUGCGUGCGCGCGAAUUGCGAUCCUUUUGGCCUUGUGCCAUGUGGCUAUUCCUGGCAUAUCGGCCUGGUCCAACCAGGAGACUUAUGAUACUCUGGACACAACACUGCCCUUCCUUAAUGCCCAAGAGGUGGUGCGACUGACGACGGACCAGCUGAACCGGCAAAAGAGAGCCGUUCCUGUGGAUGCAAAGCCAGACGCAACGAGCCAGUACCAGUCGGUUGUGAAUGUCAAUGGCAGUGCGACAGUGGGAGCUGGAGCAGCGGCUGCAGAGACCACGGUGACCACCGUGGACAACAAGGCGGCCGGCGGCAGUGUGUCCUACAAUGUGCACAACGUCGGUGUCAAUGGCACUGGACAGCGCAAGGCCUAUAGCGUGGGCGAUGGUGCGGCCACGGGGGCUGGCUCUAACUUCACCACCACCAUCAACAUGACCGCCAAGAAGCCCACCCAACUGGUGGCCCAGUCGGCCUUCCCCAAGAAGGUGGCCGCUUCCGCCGCUGUAGCCGUUACCAGCACGGAUCGGCCGGCGACCGAAAUUGAUGUGGACGUGGCCGGAGUGGAUGUGCCCGAUGACGAAAUCGAAAAUCGGGUCAAGAACGAGUCGCUGGUGCGCAGCGAGGACUUUCACGAUUACUACAACAGCGUGCUCUAUGUCAACCCAGAGGAGGUGGCGUCGCUGUGGACCCACCUGCGGACCACGCCGGAGAACACCCUGCUCUCCUCGUCGCACCGUCGCGCCAUGACCGUGGAGCUGAAGUUCGAUUUCCCCUUCUACGGCCACUUUGUGCGCAACAUAACGGUGGCCACCGGCGGAUUCCUCUACACCGGCGAGUACGUUCACUCCUGGCUGGCGGCCACCCAAUACAUCGCCCCAUUGAUGGCCAACUUCGACACGAGCAUGUCCAAGGACUCGUUUGUCCGGGUGCAAGACAACGGAACCGCCUUUGUUGCCGUGUGGGAGAAUGUGACGCUGCAGGAUAAGCCAGAUUUCGGAAAGUUCACGUUCAGCGUGACGCUGCACCAAAGCGGCGACAUUGUGUUCGCCUAUCUGCAAGUGCCCACGCACAUUAACUCCAUUCAGGACAAGGAGCACCCGGUCAAGGUUGGCCUCUCCGACGCCUACAUCAUCGACAAGCACCUUUACUUUGCUCGACGAAAGACAAUCUACGAGUACCACCGGGUCACCUUCCAGCAGCAGGAGAUCACCAACUCGACCAUCAUUAAGCUGGCGGCCCAGCCCACCUGUCUUGGCUACAAUGACUGCACUUCGUGUAUCAAUCACAACACAACGUUUACGUGCCUCUGGUGCUCGGCACUGAACCGCUGCUCCACGGGAACCGACCGCAAGAAGCACGAGUGGCUCCAGAAGGGAUGUGAGACUGCCGCCGUUCGUGCCAUCGAGAGCUGUCCGGCGCUGGGCGAGAAGGGCAACAAUGCGUCCCCACCAAAGAGCGGUGCCGCGAACAGUGGCGGUGCAUUGGCGGGCAGUACGAUAAGCCCCGUCACGGCGGCUACCGGCUCCUCAGCAGCAGUUACGGAGCCUACCGUGAUUAGUACGCGGCCGCCGCACGCCACGGCCCAGUUCAAGCCGAAGGCGGGGGCCACCAAUGGCGGCGGCAGCGGCAGCGGGCAAACGGACGAAAAGGCCGGAAACGCCGAGUUUUCGAAGGCGGGAGCGGACAACAAGAGUGUGGGCAUGGCCUUCGGGUUCAUGGUGCCCAUCUGCCUGGUGUUCGCCGUCACGCUGUGGCUCUUCUACGCGUACCGCAAUCCGCACACCAAGAGCGGCCAGCUGCUCAUCCAGUCCAAGCAUUUACAUCAGUUCCGUCCCAGCCAGUGGUCAUGGAGGCGUGGCGAGGCCCGCUACACGGCGGCCACGAUACACAUGUAGGAGGUGAUCGCCGGUGACGUAGAGGGGUACAGAGAUCGCGACACGUGGGAGGGAACUGCAGCUUUACCAACGACGAAGAAGAACCAACCAAUCGGAUCCUGAAAGAGCAGUAUCGUGAGCGGGGAACUGAGAAGCAAUUGACACCAAUUACGAUCACAACAUGGACGACUUGCUCAUCGAACUGGGCAAUCCCAUCUAUUUAAGACAUUUCAACCGCUCAGUUAUGUAAUGUUCCCAUGUCCAGGUCAAACAAAAGACAGAUUUUAAACUGAUUGUUGCGAUUUUGCACUAAAAACGCUGCCGAAACUGAAAAUAAAAGCAAUGGAUUUGUGUAGAGCAGUCCCAGUCGCAGUCCCCCGAGUCCACAAACUGCUCAAAAGAAGAAAAAAAAAAGACGACUGGCAACAGCAUGAAGUGAUCUUUUAAAUGUAUCUUUUUACCUUUAUACCGAAAUGACCCCGAAGACAACUGCAUAAUACUUUCAGACCAAUGGCUCCCACCAGGCCACGCACACACACCCACACACUCACACACUCAUACCAAUACCUAAACACACACACCAACACACAGACACGCAGACACAGGGCAAAGUGCUUUUAAUUGUUUAAUAGUUCAAUUUUGUUUAGUGUUUUUUAUCUUACUCUGUAUCCUAUCCAGAGGAAGGGCUGUAUAUUUUUUUGUGUGCGUGCGCGUUUUGCUGGACUCUUCGCCAAAAGUUCUUCCUCAUUCUGUGUAGUUUUUGUUCGUUUUUGUUUUAAGUGUGUGUAGCUUGGCAAAAAGCAAUUAUGGGAUAAAUGUAUUACUGUGAACAGAACACUCGGCGGCAGUUUUUCAUACUGUAUUAUACGCGAUUUGUAUGCAAGUUUUAUGUGUGUAUAUUGCGUGCACGGAUAUUACAUUUGUGCGAGCACGCAAAGACCUUAUAUAUAUAUAUAUACUUUAUAUAUAUAUAUAUACACCUUCGCAUGUACGCAUGUGAAGCAUAUAUGGAUAUAUCCAAGACAACCUCUUCUUUUUGUUAGUAUUUUUUUCUAUUAAUUAAUAUUAAAAAUAAAAACCAAGAAAACAAACUUAUAUAUAUAUAUAUAUUAAUAAAUAUAAAGUUAUAACUAAAUGCGGUGUGAAAAGCUAAACUAAAUCCAUAAUUAACUAAGUAAGGGAGAUUGGAACAAGGAGAAGAGAUAAAAAUAUGAUUAUUAGAAAUAUCAAUAAAAUCAAACCGAUUAAACGCGACAGAAACAAACCGCAAAAAUCCAAGCGAAAACAACUAAGAAAAUUGUAUAACAAUGUAUUUUGAUAAAGAAAUUAAACUUGUAUUUUAAGCUCUUCUUAUGUAUACAUGAUAAUUUAAAUAAAAAAAACAUACUCAAAAAUCAA